CCUCCUUCAUUGUCUGAGUAAAGCACCGGGAGUGGAUCCGCCGCUUGGUUUCAGUGUAAUCCCGUCUCCCUCCGGCUCACUCACUCACUCAGUCGUCCGCCAUGGCGACCACGAAAAGCCUGCGCACCGGUACGGCCAGCAUCUGAAGUCAACCAGGUUUUUACUACGACCGUAGGUGGAUGUAAUAGCUUCAUUCAACUGGGAAACACAUACGUGGAUAAGCCCGCAUUUCUAAAGAAGGGGCUGGGCAGUAGCAGAGCAGCGCACCAUGGCGGAACCAGAGCCUAUGGCCUCUGCAGCAGGCCAGCGUCUCGGGGCCCCCGAGACACUGGGCAUCAGCACCCUGGACCCCGGGCACAGACCCCCCGCCAUGCCCCCGGGACGCCACGUCACCAUCAGGGUCCGUAUGCUGGAUGACACGGAAGAGCUGUUUGACAUCUCGCAAAGAGCCUCCGGCAAGGUGCUGUUUGACCUGGUGUGUUCCCACAUGAACCUCAUCGAGGGUGACUACUUUGGCUUGGAGUUUCAGGAUCAUCACAAGAUGAUGGUUUGGUUGGAUCUCAUCAAGCCCAUUAUCAAGCAGCUCAGACGACCAAAGCAUACAACCCUGAGGUUUGUGGUAAAGUUCUUUCCCCCAGACCAUGCUCAGCUGCUGGAGGAGCUGACCAGGUACCUGUUUGCCCUCCAGAUAAAACAGGACCUGGCCUGUGGACGUCUGACCUGUAAUGACAGCAGUGCUGCCCUGAUGGUCUCCCAUAUUAUCCAGUCUGAGAUUGGGGACUUUGAGGAGAGCCAGUGCCGGUCACACCUCCUCAAUAACAACUACAUCCCAGAUCAAAUGGCCCUGAUUGAUAAAAUCAUGGAGUUUCACUCAAAGAAUAUUGGUCAGACACCAGCAGAAUCAGACUAUCAGUUGCUAGAGGUGGCACGCAGGCUGGAAAUGUAUGGGAUUCGUCUUCACCCUGCCAAGGAUCGUGAAGGCACCAGGCUUAGUCUGGCUGUGGCACAUACCGGCGUCCUGGUCUUUCAGGGACACACAAAGAUCAAUGGCUUCAACUGGUCGAAGGUGCGCAAACUGAGCUUCAAAAGGAAACGCUUCCUCAUCAAGCUGAGGCCAGAUGUAAAUAGUUCAUAUCAGGACACACUGGAGUUCCUGAUGGCCAGUAGGGACUGCUGUAAAGUCUUCUGGAAGAUCUGUGUUGAAUAUCACGCCUUCUUCCGCCUCUUUGAGGAACCCAAGCCCAAGCCCAAGCCUGUGCUCUUUACACGAGGCUCCUCCUUCAGAUUCAGUGGCCGCACACAGAAGCAGGUGAUUGAUUAUGUAAGGGAGUCUGAAUUUAAGAAAAUCCCAUUUGAAAGGAAACACAGUCGGGUCCAACACAACAGUCGUCUGUCUCCGUUGCCUUCCCCACGCCACCAUGAAGUGCCAACAGAAAGUUGUGCUCCUGGGGAUAGAGUUGACUCUCCUUCUCGACGUCACUGGAAGGAGUCUGUGUUGGUGAGUGCUGAAGAUCCCUUGGCUGCACGGAAACGAGCCAGCCCUUCCAGCCAGAGAAAUGGCCGUGAGGAUAGACCGGGGCCUGGGGCCAGGCCUGUGGCAGAGGAGGCAAGAGGCUCAGCCAGACAAGCCCACCCAGAACAACUGAGUACAGGAGUGGUGUCCAACAGCCCUCACCUCUCCGCGUCCUCUGGCCACUCCCAAGGCAUGGUGAACGGCCAGAAGUCACUGGAGCUUUGCAGUCACAGUCCGGACGGCCGACAGCCCUCGCCCCUCACCAGCCCCCUGCUCAACGAUGCCAGCAGCAUCCGCACCGAUGAUGAAGACGAGGUUCGGAGGAAGAGGUUCCCGACAGAUCGGGCCUACUUCAUCGCCAAGGAGCUGCUGACCACGGAAAGGACCUACCUGAAGGACCUGGAGGUGGUGACUGUGUCUUUCCAGGGCGCCGUAGGACAAGAUGAGGCUACUCCAGAGACUCUGAAGAACACCAUCUUCUCCAACUUUGAGCCCCUGUACAAAUUUCACACGGGUUUCCUCAGGGAGGUAGAGCAGAGACUGGCACUAUGGGAAGGGCGUUCCAAUGCUCACAUCAAAGGAGACUACCAGCGCAUUGGAGAUGUUUUGUUAAAGAACCUCCAAGGCUUGAAGCCACUUACAACAAACCUCCAUAAGCAGUCAGAGGCCCUGGUGGAGCUGGAGAAGGCAUGCAGGGCAUCUCGUAGGCUGGAGGGUCUCUGCAGGGACUUUGAACUGCAAAAGGUUUGCUACAUUCCCCUCAAUGUUUUCAUUCUGCGGCCCCUGCACCGCCUCAUGCACUACAAGCAAAUCCUGGAGCGUCUGUGCAAACACUACCCACCUACUCACGUGGACUUCAGGGACUGCAGAGCUGCUCUGGCGGAUGUGUCUGAGGUGGUGGAACAGCUCCAAGGAAGCAUGAUCAAGAUGGAGAACUUCCAGAAGCUUCUGGAGCUAAAGAAGGAUUUGAUUGGCGUUGACAAUCUUGUCAUUCCUGGACGGGAGUUCAUCAGGUUAGGCUGCCUCAGCAAACUGUCUGGAAAAGGCCUACAGCAACGAAUGUUUUUCCUGUUCAACGACGUCAUUUUGUACACGAGCCGGGGGAUGACAGCAACCAAUCAGUUCAAAGUGCACGGGCAGCUGCCGCUCCAUGGCAUGACAAUCAGAGAGAGUGAAGAUGAGUGGGGUGUGCCUCACGCCUUCACCCUGGUUGGACAGCGGCAGUCGGUGGUGGUGGCAGCGAGUUCUCUGUCGGAGAUGGAGAAGUGGAUGGAGGACAUAAAAAUGGCAAUAGACAUGGCAGAAACCAGCAACGGGCCUUCAUCUGACCUGCUGGCCAGCAAUCUGACUGACAACAAAUGCCCUGAGGACUCCUCGGUGGAGGCGGAGUCUGAGGACGACAUGACAGCGUCGCACACCUCCCUGGAGAAGCCCACCCCUCACCGUGGUAACACCACGGUGCACGUGUGCUGGCACAGGAACACCAGUGUGUCCAUGGUGGACUUUAGCAUAGCCGUGGAGAAUCAGCUGUCAGGAAACUUACUAAGAAAGUUCAAGAAUAGCAACGGCUGGCAGAAGCUCUGGGUCGUCUUCACCAAUUUCAGCCUGUUUUUCUACAAGACUCACCAGGAUGAUUAUCCGCUGGCGAGCCUUCCUCUGUUGGGUUAUUCAGUCACCAUCCCCUCUGAGUCUGAAAACAUCCACAAGGACUACGUCUUCAAACUGCAUUUCAAGUCCCACGUCUACUACUUCCGAUCUGAGAGUGAAUACACUUUUGAAAGGUGGAUGGAAGUCAUUCGUAGUGCCACGGUCUCUUCCAGUCGCAGCCGUAUCCUGAACCGGAAAGAGUCCCAUCCUCACUGAGUUGGCUCACGUUGUCUCCACAUCCCCCUGUCCUAACCAUACUGUCCCAGGGAUCUGGCUUUGUCUCCACGGGUGGUGUCUAAACCCCAACUGCCACUCACUUCUGUCCCCCGGACUCUUGGUUUCCUUUUUUACACAUAUCUGGGACAUUUGUACAUUGAGCAGUGUCCAUGCACAUUUGGUGCUUUUUAAUGCUUUAAUGGUGACAUGUCCGCUGGUUUAGACUGCAUCAGAGACUGCAUUUUUUGGCAUUUUUACUCAACUCUGAAACCUCUUUUUUAGGAUGUCAUUUUAUACUGUUUUCUAAUGGUCUGAACCACUUCCUAUCUUUCUGGUUUAACAUUUUGUCAUUGGUUGUUUUUACAGCAGAAACAUGUUGAUAACAGAUAUUCAGCGUUCUUUCUUAAAUGGUUAAACUAUCAUUGCAUUGUCAUAAGGUUUUUUGUCUACUUGUUCAUUUUCUGGGAAAUGGCUGCUUUGAAAUAUCCUCUAACUUCAGUGCCAAACUGAUUUUUAUCAAUUCCCUGGACUUUCUAAUGCUAUUUUAUUACAUUGGUGAUAAGAAGAAUCUCAUACCAUGAGAUUAAGUCAUGUAAAACAGGCCACCCUUUAAAAGGUUAAAGCUUUCUUUUCCACACUUGACUCAGCACAAUGUGUUCUUGUCAAAAAAAAAAAAAAACAUUGAUGAAAAUGAACUAUUUUGUUGUAUUAUUUACAUAACUCUAGGAUUAAUCACAAUGUGGCCAGGGUAUAACUACCAUCACCACUAAUGCCAUUUCAAGUAAAGUGAAUAGUCCUAUUUACUGAUCUUUGUUGUAUCGAAACUUCUCAGUUUGUUUGUUUUUUUUAAUUAAGUCUGAAGUUCAUCUUCAGUCGUAUGAGAAAAUGUGAGACAUGUUCAUAAUCUAUGUAUUAUGAAGGAAAUUGUAUUGGAAAGCUUUAAAGAUUAUGUGUGCAGCAAAAUAUAAACUUUCAGUUCCAAGCGCCGUUGCCCUCAACAGGACUAGGCUGCCUCCCUUAUAUAGACAGAUCUUUUAUGGGUCUACAUGAAUGGAAAUAUGCAUAUAACAGGGUUUUGCAGUGUAGCAUUUGAGAUGGAAAAGCUCAGUUCUCUGUGGAGUCGCUGUGUUUUCCCAACAACAGAGAGCUCUUUGGAAAUGAAAGCAAUAAAAAACUCACUUUAAAUUA